UCUCUCCCGGCCUGAGUGCUGUGGCAGCAGCACCACUCUCAGUCAAGCAGCGGGACUCCAGGCUCUCACUUCCCCAGCUGCUGACGUCAGCUGGCAGCCUGGGCAGUGCUCGCCGCUCCGGACAUAGCGCCGAGAAAAAUGCUGCUCUCCGUACCGCCAAGAGCAGGAAUCAACCCGUACAGCGGCUUUACCAACAGAAACAGCAAAAAGCAGGCCUAUGUGUCCUCCGGCCACCAGAUGGCUCCCCCCAGUCCCAACAACAACAGUAGCAGCAACAGCAGCAGUGGAGGUGAACAGCUGAGUAAAACUAACCUGUAUAUCCGUGGCCUUCAUCCUGGGACUAUGGACCAAGACCUGGUCAAGCUCUGCCAACCGUAUGGCAAGAUUGUGUCAACCAAAGCCAUCUUGGAUAAAACCACCAACAAAUGUAAAGGCUAUGGCUUUGUGGACUUUGACAGUCCGUCAGCAGCUCAAAAAGCUGUUACAGCUCUGAAAUCGAGUGGCGUCCAGGCACAGAUGGCCAAACAACAAGAACAGGACCCCACCAACCUGUACAUCUCCAACCUGCCAGUGUCCAUGGACGAGCAGGAACUGGAAAGCAUGCUAAAGUCCUUCGGCCAGGUCAUUUCUACGCGCAUUCUGCGAGAUGCCAACGGGACCAGCCGCGGCGUGGGAUUUGCCAGGAUGGAGUCUACAGAGAAGUGCGAGGCCAUAAUUCAGCAUUUCAAUGGCAAAUUCAUCAAGACUCCACCGGGAGUGCCAGUGCCCACAGAGCCCUUAUUAUGUAAGUUUGCAGACGGAGGUCAGAAAAAGAGGCAGAACCAGGGGAAGUACCUCCCCAACGGAAGGCCCUGGGCGAGAGACGGAGAGACUGGAGGAAUGACGCUUGCCUAUGACCCCACAGCCUUACAAAAUGGCUUCUACUCCUCACCGUACAGUCUGGCUCCAAACAGAAUGAUCGCCCAGACGUCUUUGUCCCCUUACAUGCAUUCUCCUGUCUCGUCCUACCAGAGAUAUAUUGCACUAAUGUGUAAUACACUGUGUGACGUAAAGGUACACAGCCCGUCCUGGAUGCACCAUCAGUCAUACCUCAUGCAGCCAGCUGGUACAGUUCUUACUCCAACAAUGGAUCACGCCAUGUCCAUCCAGCCCACGUCCAUGAUGGGACCUCUUGCCCAGCAGCUAAGCCACCUGUCCCUGGGCAGCACGGGCACAUAUAUUCCGGCCAACACAACUAUGCAGGGGACAUACAUCCCCCAGUACACCCCAGUGCCUCCCUCCAGUGUCCAAGUAGAGGAGAACGGUGGUCAACAGCAACAGGUUACCAUGGAAACCCCCGCAGAACACACCAACUACUCGUACCAACACACCAAGUGAAGCUCCAUGGGAGCAGGGCUGAGGCCAUGUGAUGAAUCCAACCAGUCAGGGUUCAGCUAAAAGAAAACCUUGCUUCGUACCGUCACCAAGCAGCCGGACUUGAACAUGGAUGACAAAAGGAACAUAUGCGUGUGUGAGAGAGAGUGUGUGCGUGCGUGUGUGUUUCAGUUGUAAAGAACCAGGACAACACUUACGUCAUUGGAUUGUUCUGUUACCAAACUACCAAAGGAGGUAAUCUUCCCCAGAGAAGAUCUCAUCUAUUUUGAUAACUCAAACCAAGGAACACAACAAAACAUAUAUGUAAAAAAAAAAAAAAAUCCAAUUACUAAGGAGGAAAAGACCAGAGCGUUAUUUUUAUGCACGUUAUAUAACAAAUCCUUAUUUUUAAAUGAAAAUUGCAUUCUGGAUGUUUCAGAGUGACUCAAGUUGAAAGAGUUGAAACACAGUGUGUCUUUUAGUUGUUUGUUUGUGUGUCCGUGAAAUAUGCAAAUGUUUUUACUUUCCUGAUGUCUGUUGUUUGACAUUCUAUUUGCAGCAGUGGGACAACACUUUGUUCAGGUUAGGGGAAAAAAUGAAAAGGAAAAAAAACUUGCUGGACUUGUCAAGUCAACCGCGCCGUUUAAAGCUACUUCUUCCUCUUAACUGCUGCAGAUAUUUCUAUUCAUGCACACAUGAUAGAAACAUUUAUUUAUAGUUUUUUUCCAAUUGUGAAUUAAGUGAACAAAAGACAAUCAAUUGUUUCUAUUUAUAUUUGACUUAUUUUUCUAUUUUUCCGGAGUUUUUAGACCAUUAACACAUACAUUUAUAAUUAAAAAAGAAGUUAUUUAACAGUGGAGUCUGUUAAGAUGAUAAAGAAGCCACACAGUAAUAAGCUGAUAUUUGGGACGUGUAAAAUAGACCCUUUUCACACUCUUUUUAUACUCUGCCUGCAAAUCCUAAAAGUUAACUUAUAAGUGACGACAUUAAUAAUGGUUUUAUUAUUCACAAUGCAGUGAAUAUUUAGACACAAAGAUGGCCGCAAUGCAGCAGUUUAACAGCAGUUCUGAUUUCAGAUCAACAUUUGCAAUAAAAGUGACUGUUGCAAAUCAUUCAUUAGUUCCAGCUGCAAUAGAAUAGAAUAGAAUAUAAUAGAAUAGAAAGUACUUUAUUGAUCCCUGGGGGAAAUUCAGCACUCCCAUUUUCUCCCGGAUGUAUAAAAAGCGCUUUAUCAAUAAAGUUUUGAUUUGAUUAAUGACCAUCGUAUGUACGCGGCGAAGGAGGAUAACAAGCUAAAUAUUUGAGGAAAGUUGUAGUCACGCCACAUGUGGGUGAAGUACUCAUAUGAUGUCUUUAAGGUUGUAGAGCAAAGGAAGUUUGGCGAAUUAAAGUUUUCUUCAGGAAGAAAUACCGUAUUAUCCGGACUAUAUAGCACCCACAAAAUUUUUGAGAAUAUUUUUUAUUUUUUUACCAUGUAUUAGCUGCACCGGAUUAUAAACCGUAGAUAUAUACGUUGCAAAACAAGGUAUUUAAACAGAAAUAUUCUGGAAAUGUUUAUUUACAUACCUUAAUUGUUUCCAUACGGUGCCUUUAACACAGCAGAUCAAACAAAACAGAAGUCAUUGUCGUGGACCCACUCGCUGCGGAAGCUAGCUCUCCAAUCAGCUAAAUAGACUCGAUAAAUCCACAGUGACGUUUUGGUGAAUUUAAUGAGGAAUUUGAAACUAUACAAAAAGAUGUCGUCGUAAGACACUUAAGAAUGUGUUAGCAAAUUAGCUAAUGCUAACGACGCUAGUGUCAUUAUAUUACGAUAGCACGUACAAAUAUGCAUGAAAACACUCCGACGGACACCACACAUGGGACAGUUUAGUAAGUAUAAACCGUUUUCGUUAUGUUGUAAAACUUACAAACGUUGCUUAGAGUUACGAAUGAAGAAUCCAUAUAAGUAGAAACGCUAUGGACGGCUUGAAUUCUGAAUGGCACGCCACUUCCGGUUGAAGGCUUUUAAUGGACGGACACUGCAGCAUUUGCAGUGAGUGAACUCGUCCAAAAGAUAGUGCUACAGCACAAACAAUAAAACAACUUUUCAACGUAUUUCCUUUUUUGUUUUUUAACAAUUUUUAUUAUGACCGUCAGCGAAGAAAAUACAUAAAUUAGCCGCACCGUCAAACUGUAGGAAAACAGUAGCAAGUUAUAGUCUGGAAUUUACGGUAAUCAAAUAUAACUGAUACUUUCGUUUAUUUACAUACACACAGACUCAUUCCACUAUUCUAUUAUCUAUUAGUGGUCUUCCUUCGUCGCCACAAUGUUUGCUUCCGUUCUCUGUAACGCAGCAUGUAAGGUGUGUUGUUCCAGUCCCUUGAGCUAACUUUGUUGGGGGGAAUUGGCGCUCUGUAAAUACAAUAAACAUGAGCAAAAACGAGUCGCGAAAGAGAUGAAAGGUGAAAAGGGUCUAUUGAUAUUAUUUUUAUUGUUAUGAUCAGACGACAGGAGAAUGACGGGUGUCAAUGUGACAUAAAUCAAACGGACACUUUUCACGCUCCCGGUCGUCAUGUUGAGAAGUGGUUUUAGGCGGUUUUGUUGGAGCAACUUUUCUGGUAUCAUUCGAUUGACCUGGAUCAGUGAAAUGAAUGCAUUGGCUGUGUCUCAGGUGGAUCGCUUUCACCAGUACACUUCAGUAAGUAUACUUAGGUUCUGAGUGCCAGAAUCUUGACAAAGUAGUUUGGUCCCAAAUCCAAUACAGUCGUUAAGCACUUACCGGGUAUGACAAUCAGAAUAUUUACCCGUUUCCUCAUCUUAUUUCCUAUUUAAUGGUGAAUUGCAACCACUUGAUGGAGCGUUAUUGUCAACAUAUGGAUCGCCAUCUUUUUCCCCCAAUUCUGGACUAAAUAGGAUAGAUGGUGUCCGGCACUGCACACUGAACUUUAUGACCGUUUAGUGCGCAACAUCAAGUGCACUGCAUUGUUCUGUACUUCUCAGUGUGCACUCAAAAGUGUGAGUACAGGAGUUCGCCAAUUGAGAGACACAGACACUCAGCAAACGGAGCUAGCGAAGACCUGAGGGAAGUCACAUGGAAGACUUAAACGUUCUUUUUUGAGUCGCUGGAAGUCUUUCUCAAUGCUGUUGUUGUCACCUGAGUUUAAGUCAUCGAUUUUUUUCUUUUUUGUAUAAAGUUUUUCCUUUAUGCUGUCACUUGAAAGCCUUUUUUUAAGCUACCUUGCUUUAUUUUUGGAUUGCCUUUGAAGUAGAUGACGUAGAAGCUGUGCAGAAAUAGCUGUAGAUGCUAGUUGGUAGGCUUUUCUCUUGUUUUGAUUCGCACCAAUCUCCGUUCCAAACCUCGCGUCUCUUUUGUAUCAAUGUUGUCGUGCCGUUGAGCCUUUUUGUAUAAAAACAAAAAACAAAACAAAAAAAAAGAGGGGGGAAAAAACAAAAGCCCUUUAAAGUGGAAAGCUGAACCAAAAUCGUUUUAGUGCUGAUGCGCAACAUUCAUACUGACGCUGCACAGGUGUUGUCGCUAAAGUUCACGCGGGCUUCACAAAGAUGGCUGACGAGAGGAUAUUUGUGACGCUUGUCCAUUGCACACUGCACUUGCAUUUUAGCUUUGCCCCUUCAAAAUAAGACCACAGGAAGCUUGAAAAAAUUGAACAUGUCACUGGCAAACAAUAAAGGAAGCACGUUUUUAUUCAAGAGGAGAUUGAGGGCAAAGAGAGGAUGGGACUCGGAUGAUAAUAAUAGUAACUUUUAUUGUAUCAUUGGCAUAGUAUGUGUUUUAUUCAAAAGGAGACUGAGGGCAGCAAGAGAAAGGGGCCUCUGUAUCAAGUAAAUUGCUGCAAAACCUGUAUCAUAAGGAAGUAUGUUUUUAACCAAAACAAUGAUUUGUUUUAUGGAAAAGAGACUAAUUGCACACUUGGGUUGGGGAUCACAGACUAACUUGCAUUGUACCAUUGGCAAAGAUGUUUUUUCAUUUACGUGUUACAUGUUUCAUUCAAAAAGAAAUGAGGACACCAACUGAAAGGGCCACCGUGGGGAUCCCAUUGUAACUUGUGCUGUAUCAUUUGCAAAUACAUCUUCUCAGAGAUGUACUACACAUUUUAUUUAGAGGGAUAUUGAGGGCAACUAGAGAGCGAGGUUGGUAAUUCAAUAGUAACUUGUAUCAUUGGCUGACAUGUUUUCCUCUUUGAUAAACUACUUGCUUUAUUCAAAAGGAGACUGAGGGCAGCUAAAGAAAAGGCUGCUACAUAAAAGUGGACACUCAGGGUGGUUAUAGCUAUGUAACUUGUGUUGUAUUAUUGGCUAAGAUGUUUUUUCAGAUAUUGUUCAAUAGGAUAUUGAGGGCAACAAGAGAAAGGGCCACUGUCUAACAAAGAAGACACUAAGGGCAGGAAUCAAGUUGUUAUUUGUAUUGAAUUAGUGGUAAAUAUAUAUUUUCUCAUUGAUAUAUUACACGUUUUAUUCAAAAGAGAAAGGGUCGCUGCAUCAAAAUUGACACAAAGUGUGGGAGUCAUUUCUCAUCGAUAAGUACACAUUUUAUUCAAAAGGAGGUUGAGGGCAGCAAGAGCAUGGGCUACUGUCUGCAUCAAUGUAAACGCUAAGGGUGGGAAUUGCAUAGGAACUUGUAUCAUUGGCUAAGAUAUUUUGUCGGAGACACAUUUAUUCAUAAGGAGACUGAGGGCAGCAAGAGAAAUGGACACUAUAUCAAAGUGGACACUCAUGUUGGGAAUUGCAUCUUAGCUUGUGUUGUAAGGUAAGAUGUGUUUUCAUUGAUGUAUGACAUGUUUUAUUCAAAAGGAGAUUGAGGAGGUUGAGGGCAGCAAGAGAAAGGGCGGAUCGUGGGAAUGAUGUUGUUACUUGUAUGCUAUUAGUGGUAAAUAUAAUUUAUUGCUGAUAUAUUACAUAUUUUAUACAAAAGGAGGCUGAGGGCAGGAAGGGAAAAGUAACAGAGUGGACAGGCAGAGUGGGGAUUGCAUUAUAACCUGUGUUAUAAUAUUGACAAGGAUGUUUUUUGAUUGAUACAUUACACAUUUUAUUCAAAAGGAGAUUGAGGGCAGCAAGAGAAAUGGCCGUUGAAUCAAAUUGGACUCUCAGGGUGGGAAUUGACGAUGGACUUGUGUCGUAUCAAUGGGUAAAAAGUUUAUUGCCAGAUGUAUUACAUGUUUUAUUCAUAAGGAGAUUGAGGGCAGCAAAUUAAAGGUCUGUUGUGUCAAAGACUGAAAAUUGCGUAGUCACUAGAUGUCUUGUUAUCAAUAUAGUGGGAGAAAAAUAUAUAUCAUACAUGUAUGAUGUAUGGACAUUAGAGUCCGGCUCUGAUUGGGUGUAUUUGUAUUUUUCAAAAAUGUAACCUUUUUUGAAAAAUACAUUUUAAAAAUUAUUUAAGUGAUAUUUUGACCCACUCCUAGUGGACGUUGUUGAACACUGCAGUGUCCACAGCGAAGACACAACAAAUGUUUUCUAUUUUGCUGAAUAGUCCUGAGCUGUGACUGAGCAGCAGUCUUUUCUGCCUAAAAAAAAUCAUGAACGUCCUCUGCAUUGGACAUUUGUGUUUCGCACUACAAAAGUUUAUCCAAAAUGUUCACUUUGACAAGAUAAAUGGACGAAAAACAGAUGUCCACUACAGUGGACGCUGCUGGUUCUCAGGAGGACAUGAUGCGGCUUCUGUUUGCAUAACAAACAUCAUCAGUGUGCAGUGGAAAAGUGUCUUUCAGCAUAUGACCAUGUAAGGAAGAUUUCCUGCUGGUGUUGUUGUGUCCUGCAGGAUUGUCAGGACUGUCAGCCCGUCCGCCGCUACGCUUCUCUCUCUGUUCUCCUCGCACUCUGCCGUGCGCUGCGUCCUUCAUUUGUGCAACCAAAGCUGCUCUCGUGAUGCGCGCUGGAUGUUAUUUUCUGCUGUAAAAGAUGAAAAUAAUACGGAUUCUCAGUCAUCCACGUCACGGAAAUCAGCAAAGGUUGAAUUGAGGCAACUUGAGUCUUUUAGUUUGUUGGAAGAUAUUUUACCUUUCAUCAAGUUUUUUAGUACAGACAAGUACUGGUAGUUCCUUAUUAGGUCCGGUCCAUGAGGACCGUGAAGACUCUGGACUAACAAUGCUGCUAUCGGUAUAUUUUUAUCCAGCUGACUGAUGUAUUUAUGACAGGCUGUCACGUUCAGUUCAGCUGGCGCUGCUACACAUUAAAAUCAGCUUUUAAUAAUGACAAAUAAGGAAGCAACACCACACAAAUUUGUGUCCACUAUGUCUCCUCCUCAAAGUCAGUUUGAAAGUAACGCACUUUACUCACGACCGCGUUUUGUUAGCCGUCCUCCUAGUGAUGCAUUAACGCAGUGGUUCUCAACCUUUUUUCAGUGAUUUACCCCCUGUGAACAUUUUUUUAAUUCAAGUACCCCCUAAUCAGAGCAAAUAAUUUUUUGGUUGAAAAAAGAGAUAAAGAAGUAAAAUACAGCACUAUGUCAUCACUUUCUGAUUUAUUACAUUGUAUAACAGUGCAAAAUAUUGCUCAUUUGUAGUGGUCUUUCUUGAACUUUUUGGAAAAAAGGUAUAAAAAAAUACUAAAAACAAACAUAAACAAGUGAUUCAAUUACAAAUGCCGAUUUCUACACAUAAGUAAUCAUCAAUUUAAAGUGCCCUCUUUGGGGAUUGUAAUAGAGAUCCAUCUGGAUUCGUGAACUUCAUUCUAAACAUUUCUUCACAAAAAAUUUAUCUUUAACAUCAAUAUUUACGGAACAUGUCCACGAAAAAUCUAGCUGUCAACAAUGAAUAUUGCAUUGUUGCAUUUUUUUUCAGUUUAUGAACUGACAUUCAUAUUUUGUUGAAACAUUAUUCAAUACAUAUAUUUAUAAAGGAUUCUUGAAUUGUUGCUAUUUCUAUGAUAUUUUUUAAAAAUCUCACGUACCACUUGGCAUACCUUGAAGUACCCCCAGGAGUACGCGUACCCCCAUUUGAGAACCACUGCAUUAAUGCACAGGCCAAUUUUAAUCUACUCAAAAAAAGUAAAAAAAAAUUGAGGUCAUAUAAUAAUACAUGAAGUGGAUUUAAAGGGAAUAAGCGGUAGGAAAUGGAUGGAUGGAUGGUGUCAAACUCAUUUUAGAUGGAGAACAAUCUACUCCCAAGUGGGCUGGACUGGUAAAAUCACGGCACAAUAACUUAAAAAUAAAGACAACUCCAGAUUGUUUUCUUUGUUUAAAGAUAGAACAUGGACAUUCUGAAAAUGUACAAAUCAUGUUUUUUUUUUUACACUUAUAUGUUGCGGUUAAUAGUAUUCCAACUUUAUUUGUCGUGAUUUAUAUUUUCUAAAUAAAUUAUGUGAUUAUGUUCA